AAAUCGACAUGAUUAAACUAUGCUUUUCACGUGCUGAAUGUAUCAUGAUGAUAGUUUCAAUGUUGUUUGUCUUUUACUAGCAACUGAUUAUAACGUCCUCUGCAGAUAGUCAGACGUUCGCACAUCAUUCAAGUGGAAGAUUUACAAAAUAAGAUUCAAAAGUUUGGAGAAUUCUACAUAUUUUGCCGUAUAUUUUACUAGCCUUCUGAUUAUCAGUUUGUUUGAUUUAUCACGUGGACGAAAUAAUGUCUGUCGUGGGUUUUGACGUUGGAAAUUUGACCUGUUUCAUCGCCGUGGCAAAGCAGGGCGGAAUUGAGACAGUAGCAAAUGAGUAUUCUCAAAGAAGCACUCCUUCUUACGUUGGUUUUACAGACAAGGUGAGAUUAGUGGGACUUGAUGCAAAGAAUAUCCAACUGACAGGCUCCAACUUCAAAAACAUCGUGUUCAAUUUCAAAAGACUCCUCGGCAGAAAAGCCUCGGAUCCCUUCGUGAAAGACUAUUGCCAGCACUUACCGUAUAAGAUCGUACCGGUCGGCGAUAAUGACGAAGUUGGAGUGAAGUUGAAAUAUCAAGGAAAUGAAGUUACGGUCACUGUUACGCAGAUCAUGGCUGCUCUUCUGGUGAAGUUGAAGACGAUCGCAGAAAAUGCUUUGAUGAAGCGUGUAGUAGACUGUGUGAUUUCGGUGCCCACUUUUUAUACUGAUAUCGAGAGACGAGCGCUGCUAGAUGCUUCAAGAAUAGCUGAGUUGAAUUGUCUGCGUCUAAUGAAUGACACUACGGCGACUGCUUUGUGCUAUGGCUUUUACAAGAAAGAGUUGCCUCUACCCACGGAGGCUGCGAGGAAUGUGGUUUUCGUGGACUUCGGGCACUCGUCAUUACAAGUUAGUGCAGUGGCCUUUAACAAGGGCUCAAUCAAGGUGCUGGCCACUGUAAGCGAAGUGUGUGUCGGAGGAAAGACCAUUGAUCAGAUGAUAACCACUGCAAUUUCAGAAUCGUUCGAGCAGAAAUACAAAAUCCAGCCAAUGAGCCAGGUGCGACCCUUUUUGAAACUGACAGGCGAAUGCGAGAAACUGAAAGUACUCAUGAGUGCAAAUAAACAGAAGCUCCCACUAUCCAUAGAAUGUUUCAUGGAUGACAUUGAUGUGAGCGGGGGCAUGUCUCGCGAUGAAAUGGAAGAGAUAUGCAGGCCUAUCUUUGAAAAAAUUCGAAUCAAGUUGAAGGAAAUAAUGAAGUAUGCUGGACUCGAAGCAAAUCAAUUGCACUCAGUAGAAGUUGUGGGUGGAUCAAGUCGAGUGGCGCUUUUCAAAAGUAUAGUACAGGAGGUUUUUGGCAUGGAACCAAGUACGACUUUGAACGCAGAUGAGUCAGUAGCGCGAGGGUGCGCUUUGCAAUGUGCAAUGCUCUCCAGUGCAUCCCAGGUGCAGCAUAAAUGGAACAUCACAGAUGUUUGCCAGUAUCCGAUUACUUUGAAAUGGAAACCCGUCUCUGAGAAGGACGGCAUGAUUGAAGUUUUCCCCUACUUGCAUUUGUAUCCUGCGACUAAGAUGCUCACCUUCUACAGGAAGGAUACAUUUGAUAUAGAAGCUAUGUAUUCUUACCCUAACUACGUACCUUACAGUAACCCGUACAUAGGAAGUUUCACGAUUCAUGACGUGAAUCCCGCGCCUGAUGGAUCUCCUUCCAAGGUCAAAGUCAAGUUGCACCUGAAUAAACAUGGCAUCUUCAAUGUAAACGAAGCAGUAUGUGUCGAAAAGGUUGACGAGAAAGAAGAACAACAAGCUGCAAGCCCAACGAAAGCGGAAACGGUUGAGGAGCAAAAUGGAGAAGAGAAUCCAGUGAAAGACGAGUCGAUGACGAAUGGGGAAGCGAAGGAAGACCAGGCUAUGGAUGGUAAUGGAGAUCCGACUGCUGAUCCAGAACAGCCCAAGGAACCCCAAACUGCCAACGAACAAGUCUCGAGAAAGAAGACCAAGGUCAGAAAUGUGAGUCUCCCCGUAAAGCAUAACGUUGCAUCAAUGAACUCAGACAAGCUCAACGAGUUGAAAUCUGUUGAGUCAACUUUCCAGGCCACAAUUUUGAUCGAAAAAGAGAAGGCUGAUUCCAAAAAUGCUUUGGAAGAGUAUAUACUUGAUCUAAGAAGACAGAUCGACGAGGAGCUGAGCGAAUAUAUUAAAGAAAGCGCUGCCGACGAUUUGAAGUCGUUAUUGUUCCGAGCAGAAGAUUGGCUAUUUGAGGAAGGCGAAAAUGUCGAUAAAACGGUAUACAUGAAAAAGUUGGAAGAGAUGAGAAAAUUGGGAAAUCCUGUGAUUACAAGAAAGAUAGAGUUCGAAACUCGGCCGACAGUUUUGGAAAAGUUGGGUUCUAGAAUUCAGCAUUAUAACAAAAUUCUGGAUAAGUACGCACAUAAAGCACCUGAAUAUGAGCAUAUAAGCGAGGAAGACAUGAAGAAAGUCAAAAAGACAGUGGAUGCAAAAACCAAAUGGUUCGAAGACGCUUGUAACAAGUUGGGAAAACUUGAAAAACAUCAGGAUCCUCCUAUUCUGGUGUCGGCAAUCAACGAGGAGUGUCGAAAUCUAGACAGCUCGUGCCAUUCCAUUGUGACGAAGCCGAAACCAAAAGUGGAGCCGCCUGCCCCACCUCCGACAGAACAUCCUGCGAACGACGAAGCCGACGGCAAAACAGCCGACGCUCCACCGAACGAAGGACCAAAGAGUCCGGCAGAUGGCGGCGAAGCGAUGGAAGUGGACGGAAAUGGUCAGGCAGGUGCACCGAGUUACGAAAACGAAGUCGACUGAAAUACUCAAAAUUGGAUGUAUAUUUUCUAAACACUGGAAUUGAACAAUUGAGCAUUGAGAACUUUUUCUGAUGUUGCAAACCGCGAGAGAUCUACUUUUUGAUUAUUAUAUUUUCACCUAUCAAACAAACAAGAAAUUUCAAUACGUUUAUCACAUUCUUGCAAAAUAGAAUGCUUUCUGUAAAAGAAAAAUUAGUUAUUGUCUGUUCAAAGCUAUAUUUUAAUUGAUUUAAGAGUUACUGGUUGCAACGAACGCAUGACUCAUGAACUCAAGACAUUAACUAAUGAAGAGAUUAUUGGCAGAGACGUGUGUUCACAUUAAGUCUGAAGUUAAAAUUUUGUCGCUGAUGUAAAGUUAUAUGUUAAAUACCAUGUAUGAACAACUGUUUCUUAUAUUGCUGCGCAAUUAUAAUUUAAUGUUUCAAACCA